AUGCACUUCAGCAAGAUAGCCGGGUUGGCUUUGAGUCUUACGAUUCCCGCUGCCGGAAUCUCCGUUCCUCGAAGUCCGGUUCCUGAGCCCGCAUCUCCAAUAGUCUCGAAGCUGUUCUGUGACGUUGUUCGUGGCCUCGUUACUGUCGCAAAGCAGCAAACUCAGGCCACACCCUUCUGCUCUUCUUACCUCAAGAUUCCUGCAGUAACGAAGACUUCCACAAUAACAUCCUUCACUGCAACCAUCACGCAGACUAGCACAAUCACGUCUGGAUCUACUACGACGACUGACGCGACUGUCACGGCUACUGAAGAUACAACUCAAACCGAGACCGCUGUCGCGACUGUUACAGUAAUAGCCACAACGACAUCAACCAUUACUACUGUCUCUCGUACUACGAGCUACUUGCCCGGAUGUUUAACCGCUCGAGAUGAGCAAAAACGGGCAGCUGCCGUUCCCUCAAAGAAGCCUACAUGCUUCACCAAAUACACCGAAGGCCAGGCUCUUAGCUCGGCUUGCAAAUGUCUCUCCGUGCCUACCUCCAGUACAACUAGAACGGCAGUCCUAGGCAUUGCCGCGACUACAACGACUUCAGUUACAGUAGGUCUCUCAAAGCUCUAUCAAUCUGGUUCUCCAGUCACUAAUCUAUGCUCUUUCGAUCAGGUACCCAGUACAAUUUCCGCUACUGCAACUGUGACGGAAGCCAACACGGCUACAGCCACUGUCACGAGCUUCGCGACCGAGACUUCCACAUUCUCUACGCAGACAACUGUAACAAGAGUACAGACUGUGCUUGUUAUAUGUUAA